AUGCGAGAAGCGGCUGGCAGAAUGGCCGAGCUCGAGUUCGAAGCGCCUCUCGCGCAAAUCGAAGAGGCAGACGAUUGUCUUUCCACUGCUGACUACCCACAAAAAACCAUAAAUGGUAACGACAUACGUCUUAACAACAUUAAAAAUGUCAAAAGUGAAAUGGUCAAAAUGAAAACUGACUCCAACAAAAUAAACGAUAAUGAGGAACCUAAACCGGUGAAGUGCAAACAGGACAAUAUUAUGCAAAACGGCGAAGGAGACAAUUUCACGGAGACUUUCUCCGGUUCACUGGAAGAUUUGGUGAACACAUUUGAUGAGAAGAUCACCAAGUGUUUCGGAAACUAUGAAGAGAGCGUGGAGAAGUUGGCUCCAGUGCAAGUUCGCAGCCAGGAGGAGAUCAUGAACGAAUGCCAAAUGUGGUGGACGAUCACGGGAAACUUCGGAAACAUCCUCCCGAUUGACUGGACUAAAUCGUUCUCCAGGAAGAUGCACAUCCCUACUUUGAACCUAAAUGACAAGAAGAGUUCAAUGACUCCUGACGACGAGAUCCACAGCUCGGAGGAUGAAGCCGUAGCUUCAGACCUGGACAUGCACGCUCUCAUCUUGGGCGGGCUCCACCAGGACCACGAAUGUCCAGUCAAGACUGCUGAUGAGGUGAUCCAGGAGAUAGAUGACAUGAUGCAAGACACUCCGUCAUCAGAAGGUGACAUCAUCGAGUACAAUGAGGCUCUGGAGAAAGGGAAGGAGGUACUCAGCUCGCCGCUCUAUGAAGAUAAGCUGCGCACCUACUCGCUUGCUCAACUGAACGAAAUAUUUAUGGAGUUGGAAGUCCUCAUUCGCGAGUUUUCGGAGACUCUGAUCGCUGAGCUGGCUCUACGUGAUGAACUGGAAUAUGAGAAGGAGCUGAAGAACACCUUCAUAUCUCUGCUCCUGGCUGUUCAGAAUAAGAGACGGCAGUACCAUAUUGAGAAGAAGAAGAGGCCACAACCACCACGGUCGCCUAAUCUGAAUGGUGGCCAUUCUGAGUCUAAGUACUUGACUACGGUGAUACCGUUCCACCUAGACAACGGACCCCCGGACAACCAGUCGCUCCAAGUGCUCAUUAAGAUUCUGAAGGCAAUCAACGAGGACAGCCCGACCGUGCCGACUCUAUUAACAGACUACAUCCUAAAGGUCCUGUGUCCAACAUAA